GCAGGGCGGACUCGAGCUGCCUUCGGAGGCGUUGGUUUCUGUUUCUGUCUAUCUUACGCACUAUCUCCGCCCUCAAGAGAGAGACUUCUCCGUUUACCGAGCACCUUUUUUCACGCACAUCAAAAUUAGGUGUGACGGACUGCAGGAGCGCAAAGGACACACGGCGUUAAUAUAGCACCGGAUUCCCCUUAAUCGGUAUGAAUCUCUGGAUUGUGGGGACGUCGUUAUGCCAAGCGGGGUGAACUACAGCCGCUUUCCAAGAUUAAAUCACCCGAACUAGAAGCAAGGAGCACAUAAAAAAAUGUGCAUGAAUCAGAUGUUCAGAUGCUGCUGCACAUCUUUGGGAUUUCAACAGUAAACACCUUUGGAAUGUUGAUUUUUUUUUAAUGCUUUUGUGGGUUUAGCGCGCACAAUGUGCAGUACGUUUGUGUGCUCGGAGUUGGCAUAGCCCACAUCACCUUGAUCAUUAUCCUCAUUUCAAAAUCGGCAAUCAGCGUGAUUCGUGUGCAGCGUGCAGUAGUUGUAACCACGCAGUAGGCUACCUGUGUUGUUAAAUCUAUGUACAGUGUUUUAAAUGUAAAUUUAACUAAUAAAUGGUUAACUAAUUGGCUCUGUGGAUCGUUAGACCAAACGCGCUAAUAGGACUUCGUAUCAUUCCCAGAUAAUAAGGCGACGCAGGGGCUGUUUGAAGUCACAUGUGCCCAGAACAAACAAUUAAGAUGACAAAAACCGUCCUCAGAAGAGAUUCUCUUUAUUACCGAGGAAGCUGCAUUGGUAUCACAUCUCCGUUCCUGUAUUGCAAUAGAGUUGGAGGACAGGGAGCAGAGGAAGAAGAGAGGGAGGAGAAGAAGCAGAGGAGAGCUGCUGAGCUGCACAACAGAGCCACUGCUGAUAGGCACGCUUUGGCUUCAGUGAUGGACUGAGCUGAAGGUGACGUGACACCCUGUGACAGCCAGCUUCACGUGUUCCUCAAGAGCCUCCACACUUGACAACGGCAUGGAUGGACACACUGCAGCAUAGCAAGUAAACCUGGAACCUCAGCCCCUUCCCAAGUGCCCUGGAAACCCACUGGAUUCUGUCUGCAACCACAGAUGUAACUAAGCUGUCAAGAUUUCUUCACCAGGAAGUCCUGUGAUUUUGGCUGCAUGGACACAUCUUCAAAGACGUGGCUGCCGCAUCAGAGUCAGUUUGGGUUGGUUGGUCAAGCGGAGGUUUGCUGUGGCGGACCUGGAGUUUUAACCCCAAACCAAUCUCGCAGGGCAAGUUUUGCCUCUGUAAGACAGUCAAGCAUGGAGACCCCUCCCAAUGCCACCCCACAGCCCUUUAGACAGCCGAAACUUAAGAGUUUUCUCAAUCGAAGGCUAAAGGGCUCCAUCAAGAGGGCCAAAAGUCAGCCCAAACUUGACCGGACCAGCAGCUUCAGACAAAUGAUUUUGCCCCGGUUUCGAAGUGCUGACCAAGAGAGGACACGCUUGAUGCAGAGCUUCAAAGAAUCCCACUCCCAUGAAUCCCUACUUUCUCCUAGCAGCGCUGCAGAGGCUUUGGACCUAGUUUUGGAUGAAGAUGCCAUAAUCAAACCUGUCCACUCUAGCAUUUUAGGACAAGAGUACUGCUUUGAGGUGACCACCAAUUCAGGGACAAAAUGUUUUGCCUGCCGUUCAGCUUCUGAGAGAGACAAGUGGAUUGAAAAUCUGCAACGCGCUGUCAAACCUAACAAAGACAACAGCAGACGAGUGGACAAUGUGCUCAAGUUGUGGAUCAUUGAAGCUCGAGACCUUCCGGCUAAGAAACGCUAUUAUUGUGAGCUGUGUCUGGAUGACAUGCUGUACGCUCGCACCACAAGCAAACCCCGGACUGACACAGUCUUCUGGGGCGAGCAUUUUGAAUUUAACAAUUUGCCUACCAUUCGUAGCCUUCGUUUGCACCUCUACAAGGAAACUGAUAAAAAAAGACGCAAGGAGAAAAGCACAUAUCUUGGCCUUGUCAGCAUCCCCAUCUCCAGCAUCACUGGGCGGCAGUUUGUCGAGCAGUGGUACCCGGUGGUACAGUCCAGUGUCUUGGCCAAAAGCGGUGGUGUUGGAAGUACCAAAGCAAUCAAUGCCUCCCUACGUGUCAAGUCUCGCUACCAGACAAUGAACAUCCUUCCAAUGGAGCUGUACAAGGAGUUCGCUGAGUACAUUACCAACAACUACCGAACACUGUGUGCAGUUCUGGAGCCUCUGUUGAGUGUGAAAAGCAAAGAGGAGGUGGCGUUUGCUCUGGUGCACAUCCUGCAAAGCACAGGAAAGACAAAGGAGUUCCUGUCUGACAUGGCGAUGUGUGAGGUGGAUCGGUUCAUGGACCGUGAGCACUUGAUCUUUCGUGAGAACACGCUAGCUACAAAAGCUGUGGAAGAGUACCUCAAACUGAUAGGUCACCGAUACCUCAAGGAUGCUAUAGGUGACUUCAUUCGAGCCUUAUAUGAGUCUGAGGAGAACUGUGAGGUGGAUCCCAUGCGUGUCCCGCCGUCAGUCCUCGCUGACCAUCAAGCCAACCUACGAAUGUGUUGUGAGCUGUUACUCUGCAAGAUCAUCAACUCUCUCUGCAUAUUUCCCCGGGAGCUGAAGGAAGUUUUUGCCUCGUGGAGAGCCAGAUGUGCUGAGCGUGGAAGAGAGGAUCUCGCCGACAGCCUCAUCAGCUCCUCCCUAUUUCUUCGCUUCAUGUGCCCAGCCAUCAUGUCCCCCUCCCUGUUCAACCUAAUGCAGGAGUACCCCGCUGAGCGCACGUCCCGCACACUCACGCUCAUAGCCAAGGUGAUGCAGAACCUGGCCAGCUUCAGCAAAUUUGGACCCAAGGAGGAAUACAUGUAUUUCAUGAACGAGUUCCUGGAGAUGGAGUGGGGCUCCAUGCAGCAGUUUCUCUAUGAGAUUUCCAACAUGGACGCCGGAGGAAACGCUGGAGGAUUUGAGGGCUAUAUUGACCUCGGUAGAGAAUUGUCCAUGCUCCACAGCUUGCUGUGGGAAGUCAUGGGCCAGCUUAGCAAGGAUGCUAUUCUCAAACUCGGACCCCUACCACGGCUGCUGAAUGACAUCAGCGUCGCCCUGAGGAACCCACAGCUCCACAUGCCUACAAAUCACCAGCCAGACCGACCGAAGGACAGACUCUUCUCGCGACCAUCUUUCAAUCGUCUCAUGUCCUCUGACUUCCAAAGCCUUAUGAUGCGUGACUUAAACAGUUCAAUAGACAUCUCUCGCCUCCCAUCGCCUACGACUGGAGUCUCGGCUGUAGAAUCCCUCUCGUCGAAUCUGAACAUGAGGCGUCACGCAGAACGAGACCUCCGCUCGUCGAGGGAAGUGUUCUACGUGACCCGUCCACCGCUGGCUCGAUCCAGUCCUGCAUACUGCACGAGCAGCUCGGACAUCACUGAACCCGAUCCAAAGGUCCAUAGUGUGAACAAAAGUGUGUCCAUGAUGGAUCUUCAGGAUUCCCGAAUGAACAGCAUUUCCAACCUGAACUCUGUGGGAGACAUGCUCACCUCCUCUCAAGCCUCCAUCGCCGGGCUGGGCCACAGCUUCGGGAACCUCUGUGGUCCUCUUCGUAUGGGAGGGCAUAUGCCAGCAGGCUCCGCUGGCUCUGGUUUGAGGCUGAGCCAGAUGGGCCACAUAGGGGGGCCCACCGAAUCCAUCUCUCAACAGCAGCAGCAGGCAGCAGCGGCCAUGCACUUCCCCUUGUCUUUCCAGAACCCGCUAUUCCAUCUGGCCGCCCAGAACUCCCCAGCUCAGUCUCAAUCUCAGCCUCAUCCCCCUCCUCUCCUCCUCGCCCCCGAGCCCGAGAAUGGCCACCACGACUAUGCACCGCCCUUUGGCAACAGUGCUUUCUCCCGCAGUGAGGACUUGUCCGCCCUCCGGUCACAAAGCAGUCUGGUGCAGCCCAGCAUUGUCCACUCACACAGUUACAGUGAUGAUUUCACCCGGCAGAAUCAGAGCAAUGACUACGCUUGGCACCAGCUGUCACUGCAGGUGCAGGAGUCUCUCCAGCAGCAGCACCUGAUGGGAGUCGUAUCUCAGACAGCCACUGGGACAGGCACCCCUGCCUCCUUGGCCACACCGCCUACUACAGUGCACCCAAGCCGUCAGUCAUCCAUGGCUCCUCCACAACAUCUCAAGUCACAGCGAUCCAUUAACACUCCAGCCACCGCCACGCCACCAAAGGUUCGCCCGCAGAGCAGGAACCUCCUCCUCGACUCUUCUGACACAAACUUCAGCGGCAGUCAGCCGAAAUCGCGCCAUUCUCAGCAGCCGCCACAACAUCAGCAGCAGCAGCAACAACAUCAGCAACAUCAGCAGCAGCAACACCAACAGCAGCAACACCAACAGCAGCAACACCAACAGCAGCAACACCAACAGCAGCAACAUCAACAGCAGCAACAUCAACAGCAGCAACAGCAACAACAGCAACAACAUCAACAGCAGCAACAUCAACAGCAACUUCAGCAGCAACAACAGGAAUCCCAGCUGUCGGUGACAGACAGUCCAGCUCCCGGACUCCCGUACCAGACGAGCUCCGCUAAAGAGAACCCGGUCCCGCAGGCAGCUGCAGAGGAGUCAACAGACACGCCUACAAAAAGCACCAAGAAGUCUCAACAGACACAACUGCAGCCACCACAGCAGCAUCUGCUCAAACCAGGCAAUAAACAGGGUUCUCCAUCAACCCUGAGCACCCCGGCCCUCAAUGAACGGACAGUCGCUUGGGUGUCCAACAUGCCACAUCUCUCUGCUGAUAUAGAAAGCUUGCGGCCGGACCGUGAGGGACAGCUGAAAGAGUACUCCAAGAGCAUGGAUGAGUCACGAUUAGAGAGGGUAAAAGAGUACGAAGAAGAGAUAUAUUCCUUGAAGGAGCGGCUGAAGAUGUCUCAUCGCAAGCUUGAAGAAUAUGAGCAGAGACUUGCGUCACAGGAACAGCAGACAAGCAAGAUCCUAAUGCAGUAUCAGAACCGCCUGGAAGACAGUGAGCGCCGUCUAAAGCAGCAGCAAGUUGAAAAGGACUCACAAAUUAAAGGCAUCAUCAACAGACUCAUGGCUGUGGAAGAUGAGCUGAGAGGGGGUGCCAUACCUGAUAUUAAGCCUCGAAUCCUCACAGACCAGUCUUUCAACCAGGGCUAUGGCCACCCCGGAUCCUGACUGUCAAUUCCAAAGUGACCAGAGUUCAUGAUGGUCACUCGCGUGUAAGAAGACAGAUUCAGAUCCUACAAAACCCAUGAAGAGAAGCUCUGCAGUGGAUCCAGCAGGACCACUGGAGGCUUCAUCUCACAACUUUCUUAAAAAAAACUUUACACAUAUUCAAACUUUGCCUGUACCAGAACUUGACAAUCAGUUUAGCGUGAGGACCAAUGUGUGCAGUGAAUUGUCUGCACAUUUUGACAAAUGUAAGCCAAUGCCACAACAAUGGCAAUACUGAACCUAAUGAGUUUCUUUAUUUAAAUCAGAAGAAGUGAGAAGAGAUGUGUUAAACACUGGCGAUGACGAUGGAUUCAUGAUUUCCCCCGCGACAAGCAGCACAAUCACUUCUCACUUAAGCGGCUGCAGACAACAUGUAGAAAAGGCUUUUACAAGCACAAUAUCCUCUCAUGGUGACGCCUGUGACAAGCAACAAGCGUGUUGUUAAUCAGUUGCCAUCUAUGAUCCUUGGAUGCAGAGCCCAAGCAAAGACCCAUAUUACUAUUUGAUUAUGAAUAAAUCGUUUAGUAACAUAUUCUUUUUGCAAAAGUAUUUUUACUUACAAAAGUUGCUUAUCAUUAUGAUUUUUGCAUCUUUAUAGUACAGCCAUCCCAUUUGAAUAGAUGCCAAACAAAUCUAACAAUCAACUAACUGCUUCACAAACAAUCUAAAACUUCUCAUCAGUUGAUUUUCCUUUGGCACUCAGUGUAAAGCCAGAACAAUGGUCUCUUGACUUUCAGUGUAUAGAAGAAGUAUUUCUUAAAACUACUAACUUAAAAUUUAAAUACUUGACAUAAGUAAUCUGACAUCAUAAUGUGUUUUGUUCACUCUGUAAUAAUAAUAUUAAUCAUAAUAAAGAAUAUAUGACAUUUCAAAACGGUGAUACAAAGUGCUUUUUAAAAGACCUGAAAUGAAAGAAAAAUCUCAUGUAAGAAAAUAUUGAAUUUAAAAGGGCAACUCAACCAAUUUUACCCAGUACUACGGUACUCAACCUAUGAAAACUGUUUUAUUUCUCAGCUUGGGCUUGGAGUCUCCAAAUUUAUAACACAAAGUCUGCGUUACAAACUGGGGGUGUGGAGUUUGACAGACAUGGACAUUAACCAAGGAGGGAUGAAAAUAUGCUAUUGGUUGCAUUAUGGGAAAUGUAGGGUUGAUCAUAAGGCUCUAUUUACACCUGGUAUAAGCAUGUGAUCUCUAGCUGGAUACAUUAUCUGGAUAAUGGCAUCCAAUCCAUGGGUCUUUGCAUUUACACCUGGUAUGCUAAGCCAUGCCAUGAACGGGUGUUACUAAUUUACUUUUUGCAUGGGAAGACUCACUAGCUACUGCUACUACUUGUUUAGUUUUUUUCUUAAUAACAUGGUCACACUAUAUGGAUAUCAUUGACACCUGGUUAGGAUCCGAUCAUUUUGCAAGCCUGACCUGCGACAGAUGUGGUCUGGACAAUCUGAUCACUUUCUGAUAAUGUGCAUUUACAUCUUGUGUUUUUCCAUACCCUGAAAAGACAUUCAGAUACAGAUCGCUUGUUAAUUCCAGGUGUAAAUGGUAUCGAAGAGUCUGGAUAUCUCGGCGUAUCUCAGAUGAUUUUGAUCAUUUUUAUAAUCUGUCUCUUACAGUACAAGACCUCUAAUGCCAUUUUCCACUGCAUGGUAUGGCUCCACUCGCUCUUUUUUGGUUUUCCAUUUGCAAAGGUUGUGGAUAGUAUCUUUUUUGGAACUGCAGGCCACUGAUUGGUCAGAGAGAACAGUCACUAUCGUGAUACAGGACAUCAUGCAAAACCCCUGAUUUUUAAAUAGCCAAGCUACUGUUAAUAGCAACCGCAAUUUUCUUUUAUUCACUCAACCCAGAUUAAAAAAAAAAAUGGCAGUGCGUAAAAUCAUGUAAUAGACUACGGUGUAUGAUUGACUGAAUUGGUUGCCAAUGAAAGGAAUCAGUGAGUGGCGAUCAGUAGAGAAACCCGCCUACACUGAGGGGUAUGUAGGUACCAAAAAAGUAGAGUAUGGCAGAGCUCCCUCCCCCCUUUAUAUACAUUUUUUUUUCUAUUUAACAUUGUCUUUAAGAAAGGUGAUCAGAAAUAUCUGAAAGAUGAUUAGCUCCUCAAGAAGCAACAUCAGGGCUACAGCUCAUAUUAAGUUUACAGUUCCUAAGGAAAGUUUGUCUCAUGUUACAUCAGAGAGACAGUUUAGUCUAAAGCCAAUCUAAACUAACCAAGCCUCAAAAGUAAUGAAUUGACCUGGACAUUUAAAAAAAAAAUUACCCUUUUUCAAUAUUUAACAUUUUAGCCUUUUCAUGUUUUGUUGUACAGCACUUUGUAUCAUUGGUUUGAAAAGUGCUGUAUGAAUACAUUUUUUAAUAACUAUGAUUAUAAACAUUAUGUGCAACUGGAAACAAAUCAUAUAAUAGCAAGUAGUCAAUUACUCAUCUGUUGUGUUUAAUGUUUCUGAAGCAUAGGUGUGCAAAAGUUCUGCAUGUGCUUUUUAAAUGCGAGAACGAGUAAGUUGAUAAGUUGUCAGAUAUUAUUCUAAUGUACAAAAAAAACCUUUGACAUGGCUUUCUUAUUGGAAGGCAUCUUUUUUUAUUCAACCUGCUGACUCUUCCGUUUUUUCAGAAGAGGGUGGCAUUCAGCCUUUUGCAUUAUACAACAUGAAAGUACUGAGAGAAAUGACAAGAAAACAAAAAAAGGAGCGACAGUGAAAACAACAGAACAAUAAAGAGUUUCCAAGCAGGGAUGUGUAGUAUAUGUGCAUAGGAUUUGACUGCCUUACAGUCUGUGCCACAAGGCCCAAAAUAACAAUGCCAAUACAAAAAAACUUGUAAACUUUGUACAUUAAAUGUCUUUUUUUGUAGUCAGGUGAUGAAUUAAUACGCAGCGUGUUGGUUAACUCUGUAUGUUAGUCAGAAACAUUUAUAUUGCAAAUUUCAUGAUUGAUAUAAUUUAUCUUAACCUCCUGCCUUUAAAAAUACAUUUUCUUUAAAGAUAAAUAUAAAAUGAUAGUUAUAUGUUUAUGUUACCAGAAAUGUAUAAAAUAGCUUAAUGUAUAUCUAUUCUUAUAUGUAUUCAAAUCAAGGGUAGGCCUUUAGGCAUGUUGAAAUUGUGGUAACAAUUGAUUCUUAUAUUAUUAACUCUUAAUGCUGCAAUCCAGAAACUACAGUGCUACGUGAGAGCAACGUGUUCAUGGGAUGAAAGCUAAAUAAUUUCCAAUCAUAGCACAUUUCUGUCCUGUGGAAUAAUAAGAUAAAUUCUUAAAGUAUUUCACCUACUUUUGUGUUACCAAAACAGCAGUGGUGCUUUCAACAAUACUGGAUUGCAUUUUUAAGUAAUCUUUUGAAAUAUAUAGAUUUUAUUUAUUAGGCCUGCAUUGCAAUACAGUAUUUUGAAAAUGUUAUACUGCACUUCUGUUUUCAUUUUAUGAGAAGCUGCAAUCCAUAAUCUGACAUGUUUAUAAAGACAUCCAAAUCUAUGAUAUGCCCAUGUAUUCUAACUUUCUUUGUGUUAACUGCAGUGGUACAGUGUGCUACCUCUGAAAUCUUCAUACUACUACCUGAGAUGAUACUUUAUUCCAUGUGGCUAGAAAACCUCUGUUUAAAUUUCUAUCCUGGUUGCUCUUUCAUUGCUAUUUUAGGAUUUCCUAUAUAUUAAUUUUGCCAUCACAGGGCCAUUUCUAAAGUUUGUCCUGUUAACUAUUGUAUUAAAGUGCCGUUACCAUUAUAUUCAUACAAAUCUCCUUUUAAUUACAGGAUGAGAUUGAUCAUGUUCCAGGUAUUCACCAGACUCUUUACAGGUGUUAAAAGAAACAGAGAUAUUGCUAACAAGAACUUUUGAUAUUGUCAAUGCCAAAUGCACAAAAAUAUUGAGACACAAUGUUUGACUAUUAAAGCUAAAUACAAUUGAAAAAGAACAUAAAAUGAGGAGUUUGUGCUAAGACAACUACUCGCCCUUUAUUUUGGUUGGUUCCCGGCCCACAUCUCAUCCCUAUAAAUAGUUUAAUUUACACCUUAUAUGUUAGAUAAAAAGGGAACAGAAGUUUGGUUUCUUGGCACAAAUGAAAAAUGUGACAAAUGCUUCAGCAUAAUAAAACAUGCUGAAACUUAUUAUAUUACUGUUGGAAGAAGUGCUUUAUGUUUACAAAAUCAUGAGAUUUUAGAGGAUGUAUGAACCUUUGUUGAUCCAGGGGAGAAUAACUGCUGCUUUGCUGCAGCUAAAGCAGGACCUUAUAAAUGAAAAGAGAUAUCUUGUAUAUUUUGAAUAAGGGUAUUUAAUACCUUUCAACAUAUUUAUGUUACUAAAAUGGAUGUAUAUCAUUAUGGAAUGAAAAAAAGUAUUUUUCUUGGCAGCUAUUCUGCACAAUUGAUCUACUGUGUCACACAUAUUUAGUUGGUGGGAUUUCUGACUUGAAUCGGGCCUACUGGAUGUAUACCUUAAUUUACUUGACAUUUCUUUUGAAAAAAGCCAUGCCCCAUGGAUAAGCCAUAUCCUCCCGGUCCCCUGAUGUUGUAUGGUGGAUGUUAAAUGUUGGUAGUUUUAUUUAUAAUGGUAGUUAUUGUAGGUAUGAUUGCGCUUGUAAUUAUUAUUAUUAGUGUAAGUAUACUUGAUUGAUAUGAUUUGUUUUGUUUAAACAAAGAGAAUGUAUUCAUUUUUCAGGUGAUUUUUCCGAGUGAUUUAAAUAAAGUAAUAAAUCCCUAA